AUGGGUGGAGCUGGAUCCCGCCAGGAUGCUGGGGAGUGUGUGGGGGAGCUGAUGGAAGGGUUUUACAGCCCCGAAGGGGAUGGGGAGCCCCGGGGCCGGUGCCUGCCCUGCAGCUCUGCCCCCCGCAGCACCCCGGGGUGCCCAGGCCGGCGGAGAAUCCGCAGCCCCCAACAACUGCUGGAUCAGCCCACGGGGGACAACGGGACACGGGUGACCCUGCUGGGUGAGGAGGAGGAGGAGGAAGAGGAGGAGGAGGCAGCAGCACAAGCAGCCGUACUGACCAUCGUCCCCGUCUUCUGCUCCAUGGGGCUGUUGGGCAUCUUGGUGUGCAACCUGCUGAAGAAGAAGGGGUAUCACUGCAGCACCAGCAAGGAGCCCCAGCCCCCCAGCACUGGUCCCAGCUCCAUCUACCAACUGGAAGAUGCCAAUGAGGACACCAUCGGGGUCCUGGUGCGGUUGAUCACUGAAAAGAAAGAAAACGCAGCAGCCCUGGAGGAGCUGCUGAAGGAACAUUAUGAUUCUCCUCCAUCAGCCAGCUGCCCCAUUUCCACACACCACCAGACUCUGGAGAGGCUCUUCAGACCAAACCCUGAACAUGGAGAAGCUCUUCAGAACAACCCCUGA